UUUUUCGUCACGUUUAGACCCUAAACUUCUCAUACUCCCAUCCACAAGAUUUUCCGUUUCCCAGUUCUGCUUCGUUUUUCCCAGUUCUUAAUCCAAAGCUUUUAUUCUUUUACCUCAAGUCAGCUUCAGUCAACUUCCUUUCCGAGCAGUCUCCCAUCACUUCCAGCUCUCUCCUUCUCCUGCUGCCCUCCCUGUCUAUAUUUUUUUUUGCCCCCGAGGUUUUCUGUGUGUAGUUAAGUGGCACAAGCAUGGAGAGUUAGUGAGGCAGUAAAAAGGAUGAUCUAGAGGCCUUUCUGUGGCACUCACCCCUCUCAUUUAUCCUGUUAGCUCUCAACAGCCCUGGAGCUCGGAAAAGCAUUAGCCCCCUUUCCCGAAAAAGGCGUUUUAAUUCAAAUGCAUCUAUGUGUGUAUUUGUGUAGCUUUUGUGUUUCACUUUGAGUGUUUGCGUUCUCGUCCCAGCCUUCUACCAACAACAGUAAGAACAGUAUAGUGAGCGCCAUCAAUGCCCUGAAAGACACCAACAUGGCAGCCAACGCCCAGAUGGAAUCUCAGAGCACAGUGGUGCACAACCCUCCUGAUGGAGUCAAGGGAUCAACAGAGAGCAACGCCACAAACGAUGAGGAGGAAAUGAAAGGUAGGAAAGCGGACAGUUCGGCGCUGAGUCAGAGCAGCGCCACUGAGGAGAUGCCCCCUCUUCUGCCCUCACCUCAAAGCUCACCUGCCAUUCCACCGCAUGAUGUAAAGCGCAUGGCAUGGAACAGCACGGGCAACAGCUCCUGCCCCGACUCUGACCAAUCACAGUCCUCCAUCCCCUCUGCUCCACUAGGGGGCAGCACUGUCGCUACUAAAAGCAACACUAAGCUGACCCGUAAACAGGAGAUCAUCAAGAUAACGGAACAGCUGAUUGAAGCGAUCAACAAUGGAGAUUUUGAAGCCUACACGAGGAUUUGCGAUCCUGGACUCACCUCUUUUGAACCCGAAGCUUUGGGAAACCUGGUGGAAGGCAUGGACUUCCACAAGUUUUACUUUGAAAACUUGCUGAGUAAGAACAACAAGCCCGUGCACACCACCCUGCUGAACCCACACGUCCACCUCAUCGGCGAGGACGCCGCGUGCAUCGCCUACAUCCGGCUCACGCAGUUCGUGGACUCCACGGGCCGCCCUCGUUCCAGCCAAUCAGAGGAGACCCGGGUGUGGCACCGCCGUGACGGAAAGUGGCUCAACGUUCACUUCCACUGCUCAGGAGCACCGGCUGCACCACUGCAGUGAUCAGCGGUCCUGAGGCUCCGGUCCUCUGGAGCGAGUUUAUUGGGGGGCAGUUUUUUUCAGCGAGCGCGUUUUCAGAGGCACGUCCUCUGCGUGGAUUGGAUAGUGCCAGGAAGCCCGGCCGGGCCAGAACGCAUCCCUCUCCACGUCACCAACCAACCCCGACCCUCCUUUGACCUGCUGGGGGCCGGCUGAACACGAGAACCCCGCCUCCCCAACCCCGACCCCUCCAUGAGAUGAUGAUGCAUGCAUCUGGCGCCUGACUGGAGGGUGCAUCUUUGCCCUCUUGUCCCUCCCCUGGCAGCCAUCUUUUUUCUGCCUGCGCGAGAUGACAUGUCCUUGGGGAGGAGAGGAUAUACAGUUGAACUUGUGACAGUUUAUGAGUAUGAGUUAUGAAUAUACUGUGUAAAUUUAUGGCUAGAUGUACCAGAAACCACCAAAACCCAACCAAGCAUUUAUCUUUAUCUGGGGAAAACAAAAGGGAGGAGCGGAGGGGGAGUGCUUAGAUUUUGUACACAUUUAGGGAUUACCAGGUUGGAAGUGUUGUCCUCGCUACCUGGGUGUUGACAUGAAGGGAAAUCUUUCCUCAGCUGAAUUAAAGAGGGAAAGAAAAGAGAAAAAAAGAAAAAAAAGAAACAAUCAGGUUCGCUCUGAGAACUUGACGACGAGAGAAACUUGAUA